AUGGCUCUACUUAAAACGAUAUUAUCAAAAAUAAAACAACAGUCAACAAAAAUUGAACAACAACCUACAAAAAUUGAACAACAAACAAGAAAAAUUGAACAGACGAGAGAUCAAAUUGAUGCAAAAUUUGAACAUACGAGAGAUCAAAUUGAUGCCCAAAUCAAACAACAGUCUUCCGCGAUUUAUGCUAAAAUGAUACAACAGCUGAGAAAACUCAGAAAACAAUUUGAUAUCAAAGCUGAACAGCAAUUGACCGUAAUCUAUGCAAAAAUGGAAGACAUCACGUCAAAAAUAGAACAGAAAUUUGAUCAAAAGGUUCCCGGGCUCGAAAAAAAAAAAACUGCAUUGAAAACGUUUGUAAAGGCUGUUCGAGAUUCAGAUUUUAGACAAACCCUCAUACUAGCAGACAAACGCAAGCUCAAAGACGCCGUUGCCUACAGUCUUACAUUUGAUUCAGCAAAGCAAGCAUCAUAG